AUUACUCGGAUAUGCUGUGGACGUGAUGCAUUUACAUGGAGACACAUGGAGUUUCCAGCGCACAGAGAAAGUGGAUUUGUUGCAGCACUUCUCUCAGAUGGUUGUCAACGGCACUGAUGUGUCCCUACUGGUGGACAGUCAGAUGUGUCCAACUCUCCAAAUCGGCCUUUAUGCCAGUUUAAUGAUGGCCACACAGCAGGCGUUCAGACCAAGGUUUUCUGAUGAGUUUAGUGUGCUGAUGGAGUUGCGCAGCUCUCAGAAGGAGGAGAGCAGUGUGGUGACUCUGUUAAACUCCCAGCAUCACAUCCACCUGCAGCUCCGCCUCGGCCCACAGUCCCUCACCUUCAUCUCCACCCAACACAGAGAAUACGAGUUCACUGUGGAGUCUUUGUGUGAUGGUCGCUGGCACCAUGUAUCUCUGGGUGUCUCCCAGCUCUGGCUGGAGGUUUAUGUGGACUGUUCUCUAGUGGAGAGGGUGAACUGGGCCUAUCCUUGGCAGGGCAUCUCCACUGAUGGCGUGCUGAUGAUCGGAGGCAGCCUGGAGGGCUUUGAGAUGCCAUUUGAAGGUGCUGUGAGACAGAUGACCUUUGUGAUGGGGGAUUCAGAUGCUGCCAGACACCACUGUACUCUCCAUCAGCCUGUCUGCAACAUACCAACCUCCAAUGCACUCUGGAACAUGCAUCCUGGCACCAGGCCCCAGCAGUUGUCUAACAGUGCAGAGGGAUCUGCAGAUAAGGAGUCCAUACAUCUGGAUCACCUGUCAGAGGGAGACCCUAUAGACUCCACCCGUCAAGAUGCUGCCACCCAAAGUCAUGGCUUUGAACUUGUUGAUGAACCUCACAUCAUGUUGGCCACUAACAAUGAAGACAGAAGAGCUCAUGGCAUUGAAUCCAUUCCAAGCAUCCAAAUGGAUGUGCUGGGAGAGAAGGCUUUAUUGGAUUUAAAGGUGACAAGGGCUCUCAAGGUAUUCCAGGCCUGGAUGGAAGAAGAGGGCAUCCAGGGCCUUCAGGACCUCCAGGACUUCCCACUCUCUACCUAUGGAGGGACACUGAGGAGGACUGGGCUGCUUUCAGGGGUUGAGCUGUGUGUGAAAGGCCUCAGUGUUGAUGCUCCCUCAGAGUACACUGGAGGCUCUGACUGCUCCAUCCACAGAGACACAACAUCAGCCUUCUAUCAGAUGCUCAGAGCUGGCUGGCCAGUGAAGCCUGGCCCACCUGGACCCAUGGGUGAAAUGGGCAAACCUGGCCCUCCAGGUUACCUUGGGCCAAAGGGCGCCCCCGGCAAGACAGGGAGGUGGGGCAGGAGUGGCAGCCAAGGACUGGAUGGACAUCGUGGAUCACCAGGACUACCAGGGCUGCGGGGGCCCAGAGGAUUUAAAGGAGAGGGGGCUUCACCAGGGGAGAAAGGUGAUCAGGGUUUCCCCGGUGGGCCUGGACCAAGUGGAGACAGAGGGAGGACUGGAGAAAAGGGAUAUAAAGGGGAACCAGGAGAAGAUGGACCUGUUGGCCCUCCUGGUUCAUUAGGUAAAAGAGGCAUUCAGGGGUUCCCUGGACCGCCAGGGCCAAAGGGAGACGCUGGACACGAAGGAGAAAAGGGUCCUCCAGGACCAGGGGGGGAUCGAGGUCCAACUGGUCCACGAGGUCGUAAAGGCCCUCCAGGGCUGCCAGGAUUAGCAGGAGAGACAGGCUCACCUGGACCUCACGGGACUCAGGGUCAGCAAGGUGAUGAUGGCCCUCCUGGUCCAAAAGGGGAUAUUGGUGAAACAGGGCCCAUGGGUCCAAAAGGAUCACCUGGCAUUGAAGGGCCCAUGGGGAUGUCUGGAGGCCCUGGUCCAAGAGGAUUCCCAGGUGGCGCAGGCUUCAGAGGACUGGAUGGUGACAAAGGAGACACUGGACCCAAAGGAGACAGAGGCCCACCAGGUGCUGCAGGGAUCCACGGUCCUCAGGGAGAGAGGGGUGAACGUGGCACCUCAGGUCUUCCAGGGGGUGAAGAUGGGGAGGCUGGUAGUGCUGGAGUGGUUGGGAAACAGGGGCCAAAGGGUCGCACAGGACUCCAGGGCCCCUUUGGUCUGCCUGGCAUGCCGGGUUUUAGAGGCAGAGUUGGGAUUGAGGGACCAGAAGGAAAGCCUGGUACACAGGGCGCUCCUGGUUCUGUUGGAUCUCCUGGCCCUAAAGGAGACAGAGGGGCUCCAGGUGUGGCUGGUGAUACAGGGCAGGCAGGUUCUCCAGGAGCUCUGGGCCCCUCAGGAAAGCCAGGCCAAGAUGGGAUCCCUGGACCAGCUGGUCAGAGAGGCUUCAUGGGGAAACCAGGGUUGAUGGGCCCCCAGGGACCAGUGGGAAUGUAUGGUUACUCUGGAUCAGUGGGUCUGACUGGGAGACCAGGCCACAUGGGGCAAAGAGGAGAUGCUGGUGUCAGAGGGCCUCCUGGCAUCCAAGGAAAGACUGGACCUCCAGGUCUGCAGGGCCCCCCUGGUGGUAGAGGGACACAGGGACCACAGGGCCGUCAAGGAGAGCUGGGGCCCAAAGGCGUCCAGGGACUGCCAGGCCCUCCAGGCCAGCCAGGACCAAAAGGCAGUAUGGGGAGCCAGGGUCCUCCAGGGAGUCAGGGGCCUCCAGGACCACUGGGGUCAGCUGGACCUAGAGGGUUUCCAGUGAGGCCCACCAGGUGUGAUUGGACUGAUGGGGAGCAGUGGGUCCUGCUGGUGAUAUUGGUGCUCCAGGUCUGGGUGGGCAGCAGGGUCCUCAUGGGCCUGCUGGUGAAGAAGGGAUUCCUGGAACAAAAGGUGACCAGGGAGCUCCGGGCCCCCAGGGACAACUGGGACUCAAGGGACCGAAUGGAAAGCCAGGACCUCAGGGCUCCCACGGGCUGCAGGGUGAGCCUGGGCAGAGGGGCAAAGAGGGAGAAGUUGGAGAGCCUGGAGUUCCUGGGGAUCCAGGGAGAUAAGGGAAAUCGUGGCAUCUUCGGAUCAGAGGGCCUUCCAGGAGUCCUAGGCACACAAGGACGAAGAGGGUCAAAAGGAGAAAAGGGUUAUGCCGGCUUAAUGGGUCAAGGGGGCCUGAUGGGGAAGAUUGGACCAUUAGGUUUAUUAGGACUACAGGGUUUUCCAGGUAUUUUUGGGAUUCCAGGAUCUGACGGGCCACCAGGACAGAAGGGGGACAAAGGUCCUGCUGGUUUGACUGGGGAGCUGGGAACUCGAGGCCCAAAGGGGGUGGCAGGAAGCCCAGGUGUAAAAGGUGACAUGGGAAAGCCUGGACUAGUGGGGUCUGCAGGAGUCGCAGGAAAACCAGGUGAUCCUGGUUCAAAGGGCUUUUCUGGAGUUGAGGGUUUGAGAGGAGAGCCUGGGCAGAAAGGGGAGCCAGGAGAAGUGGGUCUUGAUGGCCUGCCAGGAAGUAAAGGACAUCCAGGAUUACCAGGACCAGAGGGUGUGGAGGGGGAGAUGGGACAUCAGGGUCCUGUUGGCCCUCCAGGACCUCAGGGACCAAAAGGUAGACCUGGGCUGGAGGGAAGGAAUGGACAAAUUGGUCGAAAGGGAGAUGAUGGCAAAAGGGGACGUCCAGGGAAGGAUGGACGCAUUGGAAAGAGGGGAAAAAGAGGGAAAGCUGGAAGUAGAGGCACAAGAGGAAGGCAAGGAGAGAAGGGAAAGAUGGGAGAUUUUGGUGCAUUUGGUCCUCCAGGGAGACUCGGCACAUUUGGUGAAUCUGGUCCACGUGGAGAAAAAGGUGAAAUGGGCAGAUCCGGUUUAAAGGGAGAACCUGGGGCUAUGGGACCACCUGGCCCUCCUGGCAGAGAUGGGUUAAAGGGAAUGCAGGGCUCUACUGGGGAGCCUGGAAGAGCUGGUCAAAAGGGAGAGCAGGGGGAUAUUGGUCAACCAGGUAGAGGAGGUGCUCCAGGCCUGCCUGGGCUGCCUGGGUUGUUUGGGAAGAAGGGCCUCAAAGGAUAUGCUGGACUACCAGGCCCUAUUGGAGAGAAAGGCUUACCUGGUCCACCCGGCCCACCUGGACCCCAAGGAACCUCCCUGAACCUCACACUAACUCAGCUGAAGGAGCUCAUGUAUAUGUCAGACAAGCCUAACUACAUCCUGGUCCAGACUUUGUUGGACUCCCUGCAGAGAGAUCUUCACUGGUUCAUAAACCCACCAGAUGGCACCAAACAACACCCAGCUACUACAUGUCUUGAGCUGUGGCUCGCUCACCCCAACUCCACUAAUGGGAUGUAUUACAUCGAUCCUAACCAGGGGAGCCCAGCUGAUGCUUUUCAAGUGUACUGUGACUUCACAGCAGAGCCAAAGACCUGCCUGUCUCCACUCCAGCCUCAGGUAUCAGCACUGCACACCACACCUGACAUUCUUUAA